AUGUUCAGAGCGCCCCUGCCGCAACAGGCGCAAAGAAUCCAGCCGACUGAAGCUGGGCCCUCGACGGCUCCCUCGCUCUCAGCUGACGGAGUCGUGGGCACUGAUGGCGCUCCCUUGCCGCCUGCUCCCGGUGCUUCGGCCGAGGGCGAUUCUCUCAUCAACAGAAUGAUGGCAGACAAGCAAGUGCUCCCAUACUUUUCUGCUGGUGCCGGUCUUAUGGGUAUCGGCGUAGUUCUGACCGCUCUCCGUCGCUCAGUGACCCUCGGAGCAACUUUCGCCCAACGCCGUAUGCUAGUCACUCUCGAAAUACCCUCCAAAGACCGCUCUUACCCCUGGUUCCUCGAAUGGAUGGCACACCAGACCGCUGCCCAGCAGAAAGGCAAGGCGAAAGCACCUGGGUUGUUUGGGUUUGGCCAGGGACUGAGGAGCCACGAGCUUGCGGUGGAGACGAGCUACAAGCAGCAUGAGAAUGGGGCGAGUGAGGCUGUCUUCAACUUGGUGCCGGGGCCGGGCACCCAUUACUUUAAAUACGACGGGUCGUGGUUCCAGGUCAAACGAGAACGCGAUUCCAAACUCAUGGACCUCCAUUCCGGAACUCCCUGGGAAACCCUCACCCUCACAACUCUCUCCACCUCCCGCAACCUCUUCUCCAACCUCCUCUCCGAAGCCCGUGAACUAGCCGAGGCUUCGACAGAGGGAAAGACGGUGGUAUACACUGCUUGGGGAGUGGAGUGGCGGCCAUUCGGGAAGCCACGGAGGAGAAGGGAGAUGGGGAGUGUAGUGUUGGCAGAGGGACAGGCGGAGGAGAUUGAGAGUGACCUGAAGGGAUUCUUGGGGAGAGGCAAGUGGUAUGCGGAUAGAGGUAUACCAUAUAGAAGAGGGUAUCUCCUCCAUGGACCUCCAGGUUCCGGUAAAACCUCCUUCAUCCAAGCCCUCGCCGGUUCUCUCAACUAUAACAUCUGUCUUAUGAACCUCAGUGAACGAGGUCUGACGGACGACAAGCUCAACCAUCUCCUGGGUCUUGUCCCCGAGAGAAGUUUUGUCUUGUUGGAAGAUAUCGACUCGGCUUUCAACCGACGUAUACAGACUAGUGAAGACGGCUACAAAUCUUCAGUGACAUUCUCUGGACUCUUGAACGCUCUUGACGGUGUGGCCUCUUCGGAAGAACGCAUCAUCUUCAUGACCACCAACCACUUUGACCGCCUCGAUCCCGCCCUCAUCCGUCCAGGCCGAGUAGACAUCCAAGCGCUACUCGGGGACGCCGAGGGCGAGCAGGCCAAGCGGCUCUUUAUCAAGUUCUACGGCAACACCCCCUCUGAAAUUGAAGGCGCUGUCAAGGGCAGGAUCAUGCGGGAAGGCGAAGUACCGCUGAGUGAUGAAGAAGUGGAGACUAUGGGCAAUGAAGUGCAGGGUAUAAUAGAGAAUGAAAAGAGGCAAGGGAGGGCUGUGAGUAUGGCUAGUCUCCAGGGCCACUUUAUCAGGAAUGGGGCGAAGGAGAGUAUAGGAGGUAUCAGGGAGCUGUGUAGGCCUCUAGAACAAGAGUAG